GGUACGCGAAGUGCCACUAGUGCAUCAUUCAAGUUUACAAUUUGCAUUUUACGUAAUCCAAUGAAGUUACGUACAUUUUCAAUGUAAAUGUCAGCCACGUGUCAUGCAAUUCAUAGAAUAUAAAAUGCGCAAUAGUAUUCUUUUAUUUCAUCCAAGAAGACGGUAAUAUUUUCUUAACAUGUCUUCCUAGAUUCCAAGUUCCUUAUGAACACACUUUCAUAUCAUUUAGCAGACAUGCUGUUAUAUGAUUACAUACUAAAGAUACUUGUGUCGCGUAAAUAACGUAUCAGGAAAUCACUAUGCUUAUAAAAUAAUAAUUGAAGUGUAGUAAAUAAUCUUUCAUAAAGUGUAGAACCACUUUAGCCACAUAGUCCUAUAUGAAUAAUAAUGACAUGAUAAGCAAUAGCAGUUUAUGGCAAGCAAUUAGGUAAUUUAAUGCUAUAACCGUUCUUUUAAAAAGUUUCAUUUAUUACUCUAUCCGAAAAGAGAUACAAUAUGGUAUACAUCAACAGAGAUACAAUAUGGUAUGGUAGUCAUCAUAGAUAGCGAGAAAAUCAUUUUAUAAGAGAUUAACUAAGCCUCUCUAUUGCACUUAUCGCAUAGCAGAUAUAAAUAUAAUUUCAGACUAAGUUUGUGUAGACCUUCCAGUCUAUAUUGGCAGUUCUAUCCGUAUUGCUUGCUCAACGUCAACAUCGAACUGUAUGAUAAGAGACUGAUACAAAACACGGUACAUUCUCGUAUGUCAACUCAGUCUGUCCGUCAACGGAGGACAUCGUGCAUAGUAGUUUUUAUAUAACAGUACGAUAUAUAACACGCAUAAUUAGCGUUUAAUAAUUUGCCUCCAGAUCUGCUUAAGCAUAUACAAAUUUAAACACGUGGCGCUUCUUGUUUACAGUAAUUUAGUCAAAUACUCAAGAAUUCAGCUAUCAAGGCUCCGUUUUCAUUCUCUCUGGACUUCGUUAUUUAGAGUACACGUAGAAAGUUGAUGUAACAGUAGGAAUAAUAAUAGUGGUGGAAAAUCUAUUUUUGGAAAUCAAGUGACUUGUAGGUGAAUUUUAAAGUGGAUGGUCUUUUAAGUGUCAUUCGUGAACUAUAACAGUGCCAGAAGGAAAGAAAAAGUUCUUUUCUUAAUAUGCACUGGAUUUGUUCGCGAAGUGCAUAAGAACAAGUGUAUGCAACGUGCAUCUGGUGUGACGUUUCUAUUUGUAUUCGCUUGAAGAAGGAUUGUUCUCUUAUAUUUUACUACUGAUGGUAUUGUGGUAAUAGAAUGUCAACGGUACCGCUGCAGGCAGAUAUACUGGAGGAUGGAUUGUUACGUCCUCGAAAUUGGGAACCAAGGAGAAAUAACUUGAAGAUCCCAUUGAGACUUGUGCGUUUGUGUAUCUUGGGAACGAUACUUCCGGCAAUGCUGGUUGCUGGUCCAAUUUAUUUGAGAUACAUAGUCUAUUCCGAACAACUGUAUCCAUUGUCUGCUUCUGAUCAAAGAUUAAUCGAUGGCAAAGUAUCGACUACGUGGUGUCAGAAACAAGUGGUAAAAGUCAAUGCGACGUUUAAUGCAUAUCUUAUGCAAGAAGAGCCUAAGGUCAAAGGUGAAACCAUCCCUGUAUCAAUGACUAGACAUCUUAUUCUCGAGGACGAUAUGAAGGAGUAUUGGGGCUUCUAUCUUCUUCGUGGAAGUAGCGUCACUGUUUCUACCUGUGUAAGAUGGCCAGGAGCUUCUUUGACGAUCAUUCGUGGUCACAAGAAUUUGCAUGAAUGUGCAUUCAUCGGUGAUGACAGUAGCGAGGAACUUGAGGAGCUCCUGGAGAUCGCCGAAGAACGAGGUCAUCUAAAUAUUUUAAAUAGUACACUUCAGGAUGAUGGUCCCAGUAACGAGCCGGAUAAAAUGAAGAGAGCUCGACAAGAAGUUCUUUUUCAUCACAAGGAUAGUACACCAGGAGUCAAUAAUACUCUACCUAGACACGUGGCUCAUCAUUAUAAUAGUCAUGAAUUGGAUGCAAAAGCUAUGAGAAAUAUACUCACCCAGCUGUUUAUGAAGACUUUGGAUACUAAGAAAAAGCAGGAGGAAGCACCACAUCAUCAUUACGAGGGUGUCUUUAUGGAUAGUGCCAAUAUAGAGAAACCGCCUGUCGUAGGCAGUGAUUUCCCAUAUACGGGAGACAGUUUAGAUUCUAAGGAAAUUAUAACUGAUAAGGAAUCCACUCAACCAAUUUUGGAUGAAAAGAAAGCUAGGAAACAGGAUGCACUUGUAGAAGCUAAAAAGUCAAAACAUGCCUCGCGAGAGGGAUCUACCAAUGGGACUUUUGAAGAAGAUAAAAUGUCACUAGGAAAACAAUUAGAUAGAGAAAGUUUACAAGAAUCUUCGCAACGAAUCAAUACUGAUAAUAAAGAGACUUUGAAAUAUCAUAGCAACGAUUCUACUAUCGGAUUGGACAGUAUCACUGAGAAAACAAUCAUAGAACUUGCACAACAAGGAGUAAACAAUAGCGGACUGACGUCAGCUGAAGUUUUUCAAGACGUUUUAAAAAAGAUACGUCUUCUCGGAGAGCGCGGUAAACACGUGUUGGAGAGGCUUGUUAAUGAAAUAGAUAAUAAAAAAAAUGACGAGGCGAUGGCUCUUAGGAAAAUGGCGAAGGAAGUCAUGAAGGGCAAUUUUUCUGAAGAAGAAAUCAAGAGACGUAAAAGAGACUUGAUACUUUCGUCACCUCUUCACGACGAAUUGACACAAGAUGAUUCUGAUAGGGAUGCAGCAAUCGAGGAGGGUUAUUCACGGCAAACACACUAGCUGAAAUUGGCCUUGAAAGGAUGAUAUCAUAAAUCAGAGCAGAGUGGCAUCAUGAAAAAAAUGAAAAUGGACGUCGCAACGUUGCUAAGAUCAUGAAUUUCACGUUCUUUCAUUUGUUUAACAGGACCACACUGCCUCGA